CGGAAAGCAGAGGGGACGCUGUCUCUGUUAUGGAGUGACAUCAGCACUGCUUUUCUCCGCACACAAUCUUUUCCUAUGAAUUUCCACUCGUAGAGGGGCGCGCGUCUCCACACACUUCCGUCUCAAGGAGUUCAACAACCGAAAGCCUCAUGAACAGCAUGAGCAGCUGCGGCUUCCUGAAUAUGGCGACGAUAGGAGAUUUUGACCCGCUCAGCGCCACUAUUCCAGCAACAAAAGUUGAGAUCACAGUUUCUUGCAGAAACCUGCUCGACAGGGACACAUUCUCCAAAUCAGAUCCAAUAUGUGUGCUGUACACUCAAGGCAUUGGCAACAAAGAGUGGCGAGAGUUCGGCCGAACGGAGGUCAUCGAUAACACCUUGAACCCAGACUUCGUCCGCAAGUUUAUACUGGACUACUUUUUUGAGGAAAGACAGAACUUAAGAUUUGAUCUGUACGAUGUUGACUCAAAGAGCACCAACCUGUCAAAACACGAUUUCUUAGGCCAAGCCUGUUGUACAUUGGGAGAGAUGGUGGGUUCAUUGGGCAGUCGUAUGGAGAAGCCUCUUGGGGGGAUUCCUGGGAAGAAAUGUGGAACGAUUAUUGUGAAGGCAGAGGAGCUUAGCAACUGCAGGGAGUCUGUGAUGAUGCAAUUUUGUGGCAACAAACUGGACAAAAAGGACUUCUUUGGAAAAUCUGACCCCUUCCUGGUGUUUUACCGCAGUAAUGAGGAUGGAACAUUCACAAUUUGCCAUAAAACAGAGGUGGUGAAGAACACACUAAACCCUGUGUGGCAGGCCUUCAAGAUACCUGUCAGAGCCUUAUGCAAUGGUGAUUAUGACAGAACGAUCAAGGUUGAAGUAUAUGACUGGGACCGAGAUGGCAGUCAUGACUUCAUUGGAGAAUUCAGCACAAGUUACAGAGAGCUAUCAAGAGGCCAGUCACAAUUCAACGUGUAUGAGGUCAUAAACCCCAAGAAGAAAGGCAAGAAGAAAAAAUACCUCAACUCUGGAACAGUUACGCUCCUGUCAUUUCUUGUUGACACUGAAGUUACCUUCCUAGACUAUAUCAAGGGCGGGACUCAGAUUAAUUUCACGGUGGCGAUUGAUUUCACAGCUUCUAAUGGCAACCCAGCCCAGCCCACCUCUCUCCAUUACAUGAGUCCAUAUCAGCUCAACGCCUACGCUAUGGCGCUCAAAGCUGUGGGGGAGAUCAUACAGGACUACGACAGCGACAAGAUGUUCCCUGCACUGGGCUUCGGAGCUAAACUGCCUCCUGAUGGGAGAGUAUCACAUGAGUUUGCCCUGAAUGGAAACCCCCAGAAUCCAUAUUGCAAUGGCAUUGAUGGAGUAAUGGAGGCGUAUUACCAGAGUCUUAAAUCUGUCCAGCUCUACGGUCCCACCAACUUCUCACCUGUCAUCAACCAUGUUGCCAGAUACGCUGCGUCAGUAAAGGACGGAUCACAGUACUUCAUCUUGCUCAUCAUCACAGAUGGAGUGAUAUCAGAUAUGGCCCAGACAAAGGAAUCCAUUGUUAAUGCUGCAUGUCUUCCCAUGUCAAUUAUUAUUGUUGGAGUCGGACCAGCUGAGUUUGAUGCCAUGGUUGAGUUAGAUGGAGAUGAAGUAAGGAUCUCUUCAAGAGGAAGAUUUGCUGAAAGAGACAUUGUGCAGUUUGUUCCAUUCAGAGACUACAUAGACCGCACUGGAAACCACAUACUCAGCAUGGCCCGCCUGGCCAAAGACGUUCUGGCUGAGAUCCCAGACCAGUUUCUCUCUUACAUGAGGACCAGAGGCAUCAAGCCAUCCCCAGCUCCCCCUCCGUACACACCCCCAGGACAACCACUGCAAACUCAGAUCUGAACGGGGCCCAGGAGCGAGCCUUGCUGUAUCUCAGUAUCUCUUUCUCAAUCACUCAGUGAUCUGAAGGUUCCCUCAGCUCUAUCUGUUCCUUUUCUCUUUGCACUAUGAUGGCUAAAAGAUGGACAUUGUGGUUAGACAGGGAUCUGAGGACAGGUUUACCUCUGUUAUAGGCGUUCUGUCUCACAAUGUCUUACUCCUUCUCUCUGUGUCUCUCAACGCCUGGCUAGCUCAUUUCUGAGGGCCAUGGUAGAAUGAAUAUUUGGUUCUAGCUCACUUAAGAAAUGAAAGCUAAAGGUGAAUAAAGUGAAGGAACGACUAACAUAUUGAGCUGACAGUGUCGCGCCCUGUCUCACAACAGCUGAACAGCUUCCUCUUCCUCCGACUGGAAAGAUUAAUCAAUCGCCAGUUGCAAACUGACUGUUGUAAAUAACUUUUGAAGUAGGUUUCUUCCGUCAUUUCGUAUCUCUUCCUAGCUCUGUUCUCUGAACUCUCACUCAGUGUUUACAUGUCAAUGAUUUUCUUACUGUUGAAUCGAACUUUUAUAAGCGUAACUUCUCAACAUGAAUCGCCGUAGAAAUCCUUGCUGCGUGUAAUAUUUGCCAUGCCUGUCAGGUCGCAGCGGCUGUUGUCGCCGCAGAAAACCACAUUUCUUGCAUGGAAAUGGUGUGCUCAGGCAUGAGAUGCAUGUUUUGAAAUGUUCACUUUAUUUGGCCUUUUCUCUCUUUCAUGAUUUCGUUAUAAACCAUUCACCUUUUCAUUUUACAUUUGAUUUCUCCUAUAUAUUCUUUCGUUUGAAUUAUUUUUGCCCUGAAACAAGUGCAAUAUAUGGGCAACUCAUUCUGUAAAGUGAACCUCAUGUGAUACAUUGUACUUUUUUGCUGUUAAACCUGAGCAGCCGCUCUAAAAUAAGAGCCCAGUGGUCAAAAACACAGAUGCCAUUAUUUCCUGUCUUAAAACAUCGAUAUCGUAUUGAUGUUGUGUCAUUUUCUCCUGGUUUGAAGAUGUUUUGUUUAUAUUUAAUCAUAACCUUGUAGAGUUCCCCAAAGAUAGUGAAGAAAAAGCACAAAGCUAGUUAGGAAAUCCUCAUUUCAGGAUUGUGAAUAUGUCUAGAUUUUUCCUUGAGUGUUGAAACCAGAUGUGCAGAUGUGUCCAUUUAUUUACAAACGUUUUGUAAAGAUAUUUUUGAUAUUUUAUUAUUUUAGAAAUGUGCUGCUAUUAUCAGGAAACCCAAACCAAUUUUGGGCAUAAAGUCUUCAAAAUAUAUUUUUUUUUUCUCUAUUUACCCAUCUCAUUUGUAUUUGUGGGUAUUUGUGACAAAGGUGUGGUUCCACCACAUGUACACUAGUGUUCAAAAAUGUUGUGUCACUUGACUGUAAUGCACAUUUAUACAUUUGGUAGACACCUCUUCUCUAAAGCAUUUUUAAUUAUUUCGUAAUAUUUUAAUAAUUUAAUAAUUUGUUACUUAUUAUCAUGGAUCACAAGAUAUUACAGGCCAUAACAAUAAAAUAAUUUUUGUGCAAAGUGUCA